AGAAGAAGAAGAAGAAGAAGAAGAAGAAGAAGAGAGGAACACCUGGAUGUCGUGUAUUGUUGUGAUGGUCCAGGUGACUUCAUCCAUGUGAAGUUCUGAAGCAGCAGAACCUGCAGAACCUGCAGAACCCCAGAAACACUCGCAGUCUGUCGGCAUGGACAUCCAGGACGAGAGGAGCCGGCUGCUGGACCAGCAGGACCGGGACCCUGCAGGACUCCAGUCAGAGCAGGACCGGGACCCCUCAGGACUGCUGGACCAGCAGGACGCAUACCUCAGCAAAGUGAGGAACAAGAACUUGUACCUGGCCACGUUCGUGUCCGUUCUGGGUCCCAUGAGCUUCGGCUUCGUGUUGGGCUACAGCUCUCCCGCCAUCCCAGAACUCACCCGGAUCGCCGACCCUCGGCUGCGGCUGAGCGCCGACCAGGCCUCCUGGUUCGGGUCCAUAGUGACGGUGGGAGCGGCGGUUGGAGGCCUGCUGGGCGGUUGGAUGGUGCAGAAGAUCGGCAGGAAGCUCAGCCUGAUGUUCUGCUCGCUGCCGUUCGUCUUCGGCUUCACCAUCAUCAUCGCGGCGCAGAACGUGUGGAUGCUGUACGUCGGCCGGGUGCUCACGGGCCUCGCCAGCGGGGUCACGUCGCUGGUCGUCCCGCUCUAUAUCUCUGAGAUGGCACACGAGCGUGUUCGUGGGACGUUAGGAUCAUGCGUGCAACUCAUGGUGGUGCUCGGCAUCAUGGGAGCGUAUCUGGCAGGUCUCUACCUGGACUGGCGCUGGCUGGCGAUCUGCAGCUCCAUCCCUCCCACGCUGCUGAUGGUCUGCAUGUGCUUCAUGCCGGAGACGCCGCGCUUCCUGCUGUCACAGGGCAAGAGGCGGGAGGCCGAGGAGGCGCUGCGCUUCCUGAGAGGGCCGGACGCCCCCGUGGAGUGGGAGUGCGCCCGCAUCGAGGAGUCCUGUGACGAGCAGGGCUCUGGGUUCCAGAUGUCAGACCUGAAGGACCCUGGCGUCUACAAGCCUCUGGUGAUCGGCGUCAUGCUGAUGGUGUUCCAGCAGAUGACGGGGAUCAAUGCCAUCAUGUUCUACGCUGAGAACAUCUUUGAACAGGCACACUUUAAGGAUAGCGACCUGGCGUCAGUGAUCAUGGGUCUGAUUCAGGUCGUCUUUACGGGAGUGGCGGCACUGAUCAUGGACAGAGCUGGAAGAAAAAUCCUUCUCAUAAUCUCAGGUGUUGCCAUGGCGAUCAGCACCACAGGGUUCGGGUUUUACUUCUACCUGAUCUCCAAACAAAACGGCACCGUGUCGCUGGACAUCCAGAGCCAGGCUGGUGUAGAACCCCACACUGACCUGGCCUGGCUGGCCCUGGCCAGCAUUGCCAUCUUCAUCUCAGGUUUUGCUCUUGGUUGGGGUCCGAUCCCGUGGCUGAUCAUGUCGGAGAUUUUCCCCUCCAAAGUGAGGGGGGUCGCCAGCGCCGCCUGCGUCCUCACCAACUGGAGCAUGGCGUUCAUCGUCACCAAAACCUUCCAAGACAUGAUGAGUCUUCUAAGCAGCGCCGGAACCUUCUGGCUCUUCUCCUCGAUGUGCAUGCUCAACCUCCUCUUCACCAUCGCCUUCAUCCCAGAAACAAAGGGCAAGACACUGGAGCAGAUCGAGGCCACUUUCAGAGGCACAUCAGGUCCAUGAAGAGCCCCCCCCCCCCACCUCACAUCACACAUGAUAAAAACUGAAAAGUCUCAGACGUGGUAUCUCUGAGUCAACUGGACUCUGUGUGGGCAUUUAAAAAAAAUCUUUUUUUAAGCAUAUGAAGCUGAUUUAAACACUUUCUUACAAAUUGUUUUGAUGAAACAGUGAAGAAGAAGAAUAUAAUCAGUUUUAUAGAGGUGUGCUGGUGAACUGCUUUGCUUUUUAAUGGGAGGUGUUUCUUAUAUUUUGUCCGUCCUGUAUACACAUCAGUGAGGUUACACUAAACUGACGGCUCGAUGUAAAUUAUCAUGUUUCUGUGCAAAGUCUGACCUGAACCCUUCAACAUUAAAGAAGUUGAUGAUCGGGUCUUUAAAUACAGUUUUCUACAGCUCAAAGCCUUUAUAUCUUAAAAUAUCUAAGUGUCUCCAGUGACACUUUUGGUUUGGAUGGGACCCUUAAAAGAAUGGAUGUUAGCAACAUGAAGAGUGCGUCACUUGCAACCGCUAUCUUCGCCGUGUCAAGGUCCAAUUCACACAUUUUACAGAGCAAACACAGUUUAGCAGCUGAGUGCAAUUUGCUCUUUUUUUUCUGACGGAGAGGGUAGAAAUGAUUUGUUCAUUCAUUUAUAAAAUAACCAGGUUUUUUCUUGUGUAUUUAGAAAAAAAAAACCAUGUAGGGGAGCUUUAUUCAUUUAUUUUUCAUGACACGACUGUCAUUGCAUUCUGCCACUGAAUCCCAAAAUACAUUCGUUUUACAGACCCCUUCAUAAAUCUGCUUCAGUUCACACAAACUCUCAGAGGAUGCUAAUAGUUUCACUGUAACUGCUUUUGGCCAUCAGCGCUGAUCAUUUUUAAUUGGACAGUUUUUUUUUGCAAUGAGGCUCAUUUGCACAGAAAGGGGUACAUUUUGCACCAAAUGUUUGCACAUUAUCUCAUUUGCGUGCAAAUUGCAGAGGAGUUCAGACACGCUUGUUGCUUAGCAGCACAGUUAAAGGUCUGUUUCACUCUUUUAAGGUGCUUUGAGAAUUACAAGGUCUCUUUUUGUGCUUUUUGUGAGGGUUCACGUUUAGGCCGCAACAAAAACACAAACCUUUAGUGAACUGGCCCCUCAGUGCGCUGCUACUUACAGUAUGAAAACUCUCCACUGCCCCCUGCAGGUCUCACUGCUGUAACUCACCUGUAAGUCGACACACUCAGUUCUUCUGUGUGUUUUAAAAUGUCUUUUACGUGAGCUUUUUUAUUUUUAUUUUUUUUUUUAACUGAUGACCAGCUUUACAGUACUUUACAUGUGCAUGGGAAAAAGUUAUAAUAACACUGGGGUCUUUUAUACCUUCAGUAUUGGAUUGUUUGCUGUGAUUAGCUUGAAUCAAUGUCAGGUAUAAUAGAUUUCAAAGGAAAAAAAUAAUCAAAAAUGUCCAUAGAUGUUUCUCAAACCACUGCAAUGAUUAAUUCAUUCACCUGUGAAGCUAACAUUGUCAGAUAAAUGAGGUCAAACUAAACAGAUUUUGUGAAGGAAACUUUUUUUUAUAACCUUGAUCAACAACAGAAUGAAAAACUCUGACAGGAAAGAAUACGGGUGUGUUUUUGUACUGUUUUUUGUAAUGAUUUGCUCUUAUUCUUGUAAAGGAAAUGAAACAUGUAUUAACUGACUUUUGCACACUUAAGAUAAUAAUGAUCUUCAAUGUCGUACUUCACGGACGUCAUGACUUCUCUGGUGUAAUUUUUUUUACUCAUUUGGCUCUUCAUUUGAAUAAAUAAUUGUCUGUUUUUUUGUGUUUGUUUGUUCACUGAAGCUAUAAAUCAUUCCACUAUCUUUUUUGCUGGCAGCUGGAUGUUUUUUAAAAUAUAACAAUCCAUCCAUUAUGCAUUUACUUUACUUAAUUUAGAAAAUCACUCUCAAUUAAGUCCUAACAGGCCCAGGUUUCCCCACUACAAUUUUCCAUGUUUGCCUUUA